AUUAUAUAUUCAUUAAUUAGUUAAUCUUAAUAUAUAUGCAUCUGCAAUCAGACCCAUAAUCAAUAAUGGUUUGAAUCACUACAAAUAGAGCUUAAAUUCUACUGCAGAGUUGUCAUUCUCAUUCUGCAUUUGCAAAUGCGUGCCUAGCUAGCCAUUUGAGCUAUCUACUUUAGUAUAGUUUUAGCUGCUUGAUUAGCAAUAUCCAAGCGAGCUAGCUAAGUUUUGUUAUGGCACUUGCCAAGGAUAGGAUGCCCCAUGAUUCACUUCAGCAUCAAGUAAUUUCUUCAUAUCAUCAUCUUUCUAAUAAUGGUUUUGUUUUUAGAUCAGCAGCUUCCACAACAAGUUGUUAUCAAGCUGAAGAUGAUCAUGAUCAGGUAGCUGCAGGCCACUCAGUCAUCAACUUCAAAAAUAAUGGCUACAACAGUAGUUUCAUCCAUGACAACAGUGCGUCUCUGCUUAGUUUUGAGAAAAGCAACAACGGCAUUACUCAUGACAACGAUAGUUACAACUGCAUCAGCAGGAUCGACCCAGUUCGCCUGUCCGGUGAUUUCAAUUGCUUUCAGACAGCUAGCAAUAACAGCAGUUCCUUAUCCAAUCCCUCAAAUGAAAGCCAUGGAUCAGAAUUAGGGUCAGCUUAUGGGUGGUUGUACUCGGACGCAACUCUAAUGGCAGAAAGCUUCCCUGAAUCGGAAACACAAGUCGAAGCAGCCUUUCAAAAGCGCCCCCAUAAGGGAGAGAACAUGCAACCUUUAAAGAGGCAAUGCACCAGCGAUGUUGUUGCUGCUGCUACUGCUACAACCAAGAAGCCCAAACCUAAGUCUUCAAGUCCCUCAAAGGAUCCCCAAAGUAUUGCCGCCAAGAAUCGGAGAGAGCGCAUUAGCGAGCGGCUUAAGAUACUCCAGGAACUGGUGCCCAAUGGCUGCAAGGUUGAUUUAGUAACCAUGUUAGAGAAAGCCAUUAAUUAUGUCAAAUUCCUUCAAUUGCAAGUCAAGGUCUUGGCAACCGAUGAAUUUUGGCCCGUUCAAGGUGGGAAAGCUCCUGAUAUUUCUCAAGUAAAAGAAGCCAUUGAUGCCAUCCUCUCAUCUCAAAGAGACACAAGUUCAAGCUCAAAGCUGUAACAGCUUCGGUUGAAGACGAUUAGGCCCUUUAUAAGAUAAUUUAAUUUCCAAAUAAAAACAAGAGAAUCUUCGUUGGCAAGGAAAAGCUUUGUCAUAUAGAAACAAUGGGUACUAGCUUUGAAUUGAUAUUAAGCUAAUUUCUUGUCGUUCCUUUUUGUUUGACUAUGCUGUUGCAAAAUCAUGGAUGGU